AUGGACAACGUAGAGUAUGUGCCCAUGAGAGGAGUGGUUAAAGAUGUUCAAGGUCGCUUGCAAUGUUACAAGCAAGACUGGCUCAGUGGAUUCACUGCAGGAUUCAGAAUAUUGAACCCAACAGCUUAUAUAUUCUUUGCUUUGGUUGUUCCUGUCAUUGCAUUUGGGGAACAACUUAAUCAACAAACUGAUGGGCUGUUGAGUUGCACGCACACGCUUGCAUCUACAGCAAUUUGUGGAAUUAUUCAGUCAGUAAUUGGAGGCCAGCCAUUGGUCAUUAUAGGAGUGGCCGAGCCUACUGUACUUAUGUAUUACUAUUUGUACAGUUUUGCCAAGGACAGAGAAGACUUGGGUCCCUCUCAUUUUCUAGGUUGGACAUCCUGGAUUUGUACUUGGACUUCGAUUCUUCUGGUGAUGAUGGCCGUGUUUGGGCUGUGCUCACUGACUAAGAAAUUAACACGAGUGGCUGAGGAGCUGUUAGGAGUUCUUAUCGCUUUGAUGUUUAUGAAAGAAGCAAUCAAGGGAAUGGUAGAAGAAUUUCACACCCCAAAGAGAUUGGAUAUUGAGAAUGGAGAGCUGCCAUUUUCAUGGCGAUCAACAAAUGGAAUGUUUGGAUUGAUAUUGGCAACAGGUCUACUCUUCACCGCUCUCAAGACCAGAAAAGCCAGAUCUUGGCGCUAUGGCACAGGAUGGAUGCGAGGAAUAGUUGCAGAUUAUGGAGUGCCUGCAAUGUUGCUUUUCUGGACUGGAAUUUCUUACAUACCAGCGGAGGCAUAUCCUGAGGGUGUUCCAAAGCGUCUCUUCAGCCCAGUCGCCUGGCAUGACACUGCCACACAAAACUGGACUGUAAUAAGGGAUAUGGCCAAAGUGCCUCGCAUACACAUUCUCAGUGCAUUUAUACCGGCUGUUAUGUUUGCCUGCUUAUUCUUCUUUGAGCACAACGUUGCUGCGAAGAUGGCCCAGCAGAGAGAGUACAAUUUGAAGAAUCCACCUUCCUAUCAUUACGAUUUUCUGCUUCUAGGAUUCAUGGUUCUCAUCUGUGGACUUCUUGGUCUUCCUCCAUCAUAUGCAGUGCUGCCACAAUCUCCCAUGCAUACCAGAAGUCUCGCAACACUAAAACAUUCGAUACUGCGGAAAAAAAUGUUGAAAAGUGCAAGCACAAGCAUUACAAGGAAUGACACAGUGAAGGAGAUAUACGAUAAGAUGCAAGAAGUUUUCGUCAACAUAGAUCUUCCUGUCUCGCCAAACACGACCUUGAGCUCUGACACUGCGUUGAAGGAUAUCAGAGAACUGAUGAAUCUCAAGGAAUUCAGAGAUCUUCAAAACCCUGCAGUCAAUUACAAUAACGCAGAAACCUUCCCGGAUAUAAAUGGAUACAUCUUUGACCCCAAAAAGCAUAUCGAUCUGCUACUCCCUGUCCGGGUCAAUGAACAAAGGCUCACAAACCUCCUUCAAUCGUUGUUAAUGGGUAGCUGCGUGUUCUUAAUGCCCAUCAUAAGAAAGAUGCCAAUUUCAGUUCUAUGGGGGUAUUUUGCUUAUUUGGCCAUUGAGAGCUUGCCUGGAAAUCAAUUCUGUGAAAGAAUACUUCUCAUCUUCAUCUCUCCUAGUAGGAGAUACAGGGUAUUGGAAGAUGCCCAUGCUUCAUAUGUGGAGAAUGUCCCUUUCGACAAAAUCACCAUGUUCACAGUGUUCCAGUUGACAUAUUUGCUGAUAUGCUUCGGCGUUACAUGGAUACCUAUAGGAGGAUGUGUGUUCACCGUAUUGCUCACAUUAAUUCUUCCGAUUCGACAAUACAUUCUUCCCAUGUUUUUUGACGCAGAGCAGCUGGAAGAACUUGAUGCCUCUGAGUACGACGAAGCUCCACCAAUACCUCACGAACAAGCUGUAACGGAGGCCCAAGAGCAGGGUCUUGGCAGAGCAGAGAGCCUCCGCAUGAAAGUGGACGACGCUGAGAUAUUGGGUGAAAUAACUACUAGAGGUCGAGUUGAGCUCAAAGUCCACAAGUUGGCUAGUAGCCCCAGGCCAGAACGUAACGUUACUAAGGAUUCCAACCUAGGGCUUUCACAGAGAAGAAUGGGAAAUGCAAGUAGCAGCUCUGAAGUGAAACCCAUGUACGAGGAGGAAGAGGAAGAGGGGGAAGAAACGAUAGAGCUUCCAAGCAUGAGAUUAAAUAACAGGCCACUCUCUACACAGAGUGAAGAGGAGGAAAGUGGUGGUGGAAGUGCUCGGUUGUCCCUGCAUUCAUUUAUAGGGUCAAGUAGAAGAUCAACUACAAGCACAACCACAACAAAAACCAUUUGA